CUGCAAUAAGUUGAGCAGAUAUGAUAUAUUUUCGUAGAAGUCUGAACCUCCAAUAUUUACUUAAUCCGAAUGGAGAUAAGAUAAUUGAUGACAAGAUAAACAAUUUUUAUUUCUAGUGGUUAAAAACUAAACCUAACGUGAAUAGUAUAGUAUAUUAUAAACAGUUUCAUAUUGUAGUGAUGUUAAUUUAGAGUUGAAAGUAUUUUACAAAAAUGCAGGAAAUUCACUUUUUUAUUCUAUUAACCACUUUGGUCACUUAUAGUUGGGCAGAUGUGAAUCAAAAUAAAUUUCCUUUGUGUAAAAUUUGUGCAUGUACAGUAGACAACAACGAAACAACUGCAAAUGUUACGUGUGUAAAACCGAUAGAAUAUGAAAUAUUUUCGGAUUACUUCUGGUUUUCAAAUGCAACAAAUACAUCUAUAGCAUACAAUUCCAUUACUAUAAAUUACAACAAGUUUAUUGACUUCACCAAGAUCUUUCCGACAUCAAAUUUAACUUAUUUGAAUUUGGCCAACAAUAACAUCUUCAAUAUUUCUGAUAGUAUUUUUAAGAAUUUACAGAACAUGGUUGUACUCAUAUUAAGUUACAAUGAUUUGGAAAUAAUUCACCCCGAUGCUUUCAGGGGAUUAUAUUUAGAAGAGAGUUUAAUGCCUCUGAGAAGUCUCAAGGAACUCAGACUGGAUCAUAACAAAUUACAUAGUCUAAAUCAAGAUAUUUUUGAACAUACAACAAAUAUAGAAAUUUUGGACUUGAGUUUCAAUCCAUUAGAAGUUAUAGAUCAUCAUACUCUUCUCGCUAUAGAUAACCUGAUAUAUUUGAAGGAACUUUAUCUACAAUAUACAAUGAUCAGUGGUUUGCCGGAUUAUUUGCUACACACACCGAAGUUUAUACGUGUAUUAGAUUUAUCAGGUAAUCAAGAAAUAACCAAAAUACCACAAACUUUAUCCGAUGCGAAAAAAUUGGAGCGACUAUUUCUUAACAAUACGGGUUUUACUAAUUUAACCAAAGAAAAUGGGUUUCCAUUGAUGCCAAACUUAAAAGUUCUGCAUCUGUGUAGAAACGAGCAUUUACAUGUUAUUGAUAGAUACGCUUUGUGUGGUUUGGGAAAUUUGACGGAGUUGAUAAUGAGUGAUAACAUCGAUUUGGUAACCAUCGCAGAUUUAGCAUUUGCAUGUAGAUCUGAAGUUGGCGGCGGUGUUGUCUAUCCACCGAUUAAAAAACUUCAUAUUGGAAAUAACAAACUAGCUUAUUUAGACAGUGAAAUAAUCGCUCGAUGGGAUGGUUUGUCAGAAUUAGAUAUAAGAGAAAAUCCUUGGACUUGCGAAUGUGAAAAUCAGUGGUUAAUAGACGAUCUCAUGCCGAUAUAUUUGAAAAUUGAUGAAACUAUGGCUAAACAAGUUACGUGUGCAGCACCAGUCGAAAUGAAGAGCCUUACUUUUUACGAUAUUUACAUGAAGAAAAGUCACAUGAGAUGUUUGGACAUUUAUGGACAUAGACCCGAAAGAGAUGGUAUAUUGCUUGUGGGAUUAUUAACCGGAUUGUUAAUUGCUAUCCCAGCUAUUCUUUUAAUUAUUUUCGCUUACCAAAAACGAUGGUUCAGUAUUAUAGGAGUUUUUGACAAAUCUCCCGCAUCCUAUUCUAGAAGAUUUUAUAGUACUAGUCCCACUGAAGACUUUUAAUAUUUUAUACCGAAAGAAUUUAACUUUUUGUUUCGAUUAAAAACUAUUUGUCGAGAAUAUUAUACAUAAUAUGUUUAUUGUGCAUCAUUUUUAUAUGUCAGUUAUGAAUAAAUUCCGAUCAUUUUCAUAGAGAAC